UAAAAAAACAACCACCACACCGACACGAUCCCAGCCACACGUUUCUGUUGCAUCGGGCGACAUUUACACUACGAAUUGCAUGUAAAUUUUCGAUAAGCAUGGCCUCCAUCGCAUCCGUCACCAAGCAAUUCACUACUCUGGAGAUCUCCAAAAACCCCAUAAAUAACCCAUCUCGCCCCCCAUGCGCGCCUUCGAAUCUAAAGCCAACCAGAAAACCCCCCAUUAUUAACAUUGGGAAGUACGACGGUGGAUUCGAGAUUGAUAACGAAAAGCGCGGUGAAAAGGUUUAUGGCGAGGCGGCUGACGACCUCGCAUUGGACUCGAGUACGUCACGAACACGACCUACACGCGAAUGGAAACUUACUGACUUCGAUAUCGGCCGUCCUCUUGGAAAGGGAAAAUUUGGUCGGGUUUACAUGGUUCGCACCAAGUGCGAGCCUAACUACAUCCUUGCACUCAAGUGCCUAUAUAAAUCCGAGAUCGUGCAAUCUCGUGUGGAGAAGCAGAUCCGGAGAGAAAUAGAAAUCCAACAGAAUCUUCGUCACCCGAAUGUCCUUCGUUUAUAUGGCUAUUUCCACGACGAGAAGCGAAUCUUCCUCAUGCUCGAGUUUGCAGGACAAGGAGAGUUGUACAAACAACUGAGCAAGAAGGGGAGCUUCUCCGAGAGGCGUAGCUCAAGAUAUAUCGACCAGAUGGCAGAUGCACUGCAAUAUUUGCAUUCGAAGCACGUCAUCCACAGAGACAUCAAGCCCGAGAACCUCCUUCUGGGUAUCAAUGGGGAGUUAAAAAUCGGAGACUUUGGAUGGAGUGUGCAUGCCCCAGGGAAUAGGCGGAUGACACUCUGCGGUACGCUGGACUAUCUACCUCCUGAAAUGGUGGAAGGAAAAGAGCACAACGAGAAGGUCGAUUAUUGGGCCCUUGGAGUGUUAACCUACGAAUUCCUGGUUGGGUGUCCUCCGUUCGAAGAUAAAAAUAGUGCCAACGCAACCUAUCGGCGCAUUGCAAAGGUGGACCUUAAAAUACCUCCCCACGUUUCGCCGGAUGCCAGAGAUCUGAUAUCGAAGCUGCUAAAGUACAAUCCGGAAGAGCGACUUCCGCUGUCCGAAGUAGCUCGGCAUCCAUGGAUUCUCAAGUACCGGCCAAAGAGUACUUCUAAGGGCGGGUCUGAGGCAUAGGUUGUUGCUUACACCCUGUUUGACCAGCCAAGGAUAGAUUUUUGCUGUUUGUUGAGCCUGUUGUACUUGUGUAAUUGCAUGGCGUUUGGGAGGACUUCAAACCUAGGGAACCGUUGGCUUGCUAAUCAUUUGGGAGGUGUCGCGGAG